AGCCCCUGUUUCCAUGUAGUCUUCGGUUGCUCAGCAACCGAGGACGCACGUAUGACGCAGUUACGUAGAGGCGGCGUUGUCUCUAUGGCUGCAGAACGACGCUGAGUUCUACUGACACCAGAUCGCCUUCUGUCAUUUCAACGAACUGUGCUGCUAAAGAGAAGACAGCUCCGUCAUGUAUCACAAGGAGAAGAGCAUCCAGAUCAAGAACAGCGCCUCGUCGCUGUACAACAACCUGGGCGUGCUGCGCAUCGCCCCGCGGCGCCUCACCUACUUCACGGUGGUCCACGCCAACGUGGUGAACAUGGUCAGCGCGUCCUGGGACGGACUCAACUACUCCCACCGACAGCUGCAGUCCAAGGAGCCCAAUGUGGCCACAAGCACGUCGCUCAUCAUGCAGGCUGCAUUUUGUGCUCUGCCCUCUCGUGAGCUGCUAGUUGUGACCUCUCAGAAAGGCAUUCAGAUGUAUGAAUCUGAUGGCUCCAUGAUGGUGUACUGGCAUGCACUGGAUACUCCGGAAACACCUACAGCUCAGGCCGUGUUUGCUCGGGGGAUAUCAGCAGUGUGUGAGAGUUACAUAUGUGUGGGCGUUUCAUCCGGUGCAAUUCUAGUAUUUGAUGUUCCCAGUAAAGGCAGUAAUAUCACCCUGUCGGAGGUCCUGGACGGGCACAAGGAGUCCAUCACUGACAUGGCCUCGGAGUGCGGUGGCAGCGAGGUGUGCAUAGCUGAUAUGGUCAGUGCAGAUGAUGGGGGCAACCUGUGUGUGUGGAAGUCUGGGGAGGAAUUUGUGUUUCUCAACCACAUCCCCGGCUUUAAUGUGAGCUGCUCAUCCGUCAAGUUAUGGAAAGGAACAUUGGUGGCCGGUUACGGCACGGGCCAGAUUCGUCUCUAUGAGGCAGUGACGGGAAUCCUGCAUGCCGAGGUCAACGCCCACGCUCGCUGGAUAUACUCACUGGACAUUGCUCCUUAUUCUGGGCUGCUUCUGUCUGCUGCCGAGGACUCGCUGGUCCGGGUGUGGCACCUGACAAUGACCCCAGAGAGCCACAACGUGGAGAUUUCCCAUUUGCACAACGAGUGUGUGACGGACACACAAAUCUGUGGAGCCAAGUUCUGUGACGGCGAUGGUUAUGCCUUUGCGGUGACGGGCUAUGACCUGAGUGAGAUUAUCCGUUACACACAGUCGUAGGACUUAAAGUAUGUGAAUGUGAAUUUGGUAUAUUGGAGUGUUUCUGGAAAGAUAACAUGAGCCAGAGAGAAGAGUAAAAAGGGGCCAGGCUAGGAUCUGGAAGGGGGUAUUUAUCUUUUUUAAGAGAAGCAUUGUUUCAUGGCAUUUCUGUUUCUAUAUCCACAAAGGUUGAAGGAGAUUCUCAUAUAACUACAAAAGUAAUGUGUUAAAGUUUCUAUAAAUAGUUUAUAAAAGUGUAAAUGUUUUCAUGUGUGUGAAUGUAGCUUUAAAAAUGUAUAAGAUAUUCUAUUAUUCUUUCUGACAAAAUUAUUGUUUGAAGCAGCUGGACCAUAAACAUUUUUGUAAAGAAA